AUGCCGCAGCUAAACGGAGGCGGUGGGGAUGAUUUGGGGGCGAACGAUGAGAUGAUUUCUUUCAAAGAUGAAGGAGAGCAAGAGGAAAAGAUUUCAGAGGACGUUUCCGCGGAAAGGGACUUGGACGACGUGAAAUCCUCCCUCGUAAACGAAUCGGAAAACAACAGCAGCUCAUCGGACUCUGAGCAGGCAGAGAGGCGUCCGCGUACGAGACCCGACAUCGACGCGUACGAAAGGACGAGGGACUACUUCAGUGAAGCACUAAGACGGCAACAAGAUGGUGGCUUUUUCAAGAGUCCACACCACUACCCAGGCUACCCAUUCCUCAUGAUACCAGACCUCACCAAUCCAUACCUAUCCAAUGGCUCCCUCUCUCCCAGCGCUCGAACAUACUUGCAGAUGAAAUGGCCUCUUUUAGACGUCCCUGGAUCUGUAGCCUUAAAAGACUCGCGGUCACCAACUCCUGGACAUUUAUCUAAUAAAGUCCCAGUGGUCCAGCAUGCCCACCACGUUCAUCCACUGACGCCACUCAUCACCUACAGUAACGAACACUUCUCCCCAGGGACGCCGCCUUCACACCUCUCGCCAGAAAUACUAGACCCCAAAACAGGUAUCCCCCGGACCCCACACCCAUCAGAGCUCUCCCCAUAUUACCCUUUGUCGCCUGGAGCUGUGGGCUCUAUAGCACACCCGCUAGGAUGGCUCAUGCCACAGCAGGGCCAGCACAUGUACUCCAUCCCUCCGGGAGGGUUUCGUCACCCGUAUCCAGCACUCGCCAUGAAUGCCUCUAUGUCCAGUUUGGUGUCCAGCCGUUUCUCCCCUCACAUGGUGACCCCACCUCCUCACAGCCUGCACCAGACAGGAAUACCCCACCCUGCAAUCGUCUCUCCCGCAAUCAAACAAGAACCAAGCAGCGACAUGAGUCCUUCCAUGCAUGCCAGAAAAUCACCUGUGCCUCCUAAAAAAGAAGAGGACAAGAAACCUCAUAUCAAAAAACCCCUGAAUGCUUUCAUGCUGUAUAUGAAGGAGAUGAGAGCCAAAGUAGUGGCAGAGUGCACCCUGAAAGAGAGCGCUGCCAUCAACCAGAUCCUCGGACGGCGGUGGCAUUCCCUGUCCAGAGAGGAGCAAGCCAAAUACUACGAGCUGGCCAGGAAAGAAAGACAGCUCCACUCUCAGCUUUACCCGGGAUGGUCCGCACGGGAUAACUAUGGAAAGAGGAAAAAAAGGAAGAGAGACAACAAGCCUGAUUCAAAACCAGAAGACUUCUCUAUAAGGAACAAGAAGCAGUGCGUUCAGUACCUGCCGUCGGAGAAGAUGUGCGACAGCCCGGCUUCGUCCCACGGCAGCAUGUUGGACUCUCCCGCCACUCCCUCGGCCGCCCUGGCCUCCCCCGCCGCUCCUGCAGCCACUCACUCGGAGCAGGCCCAGCCUCUGUCUCUCACCACCAAACCGGAGGGCCGCAUGCACCACCACUUCUCUCUUCCGGGGAAGGCGUCCGGCUCGACCUCAGCCCAAGUCGCCCAUUCCACCGGUACUUCAGGCAGCAGCCCCGUCCUCAGCCGGCCCAUCCCCUUCACCUCUCUGCCCCACUCCAUGCUCUCCCCGCCCUCCCCCUUCCACCAGGCCGCCCUGCACUCCCAUCACGCCCUGUUCCAGUCGCAGCCCCUUUCGCUGGUCACGAAGCACUCUGAGUGA